GAGCUAGUGCACUACAAGCGAGGUGUUUCUGAUGAGGAAUUCGCAGAGAUUAUCUUGGGGAAUGUGGUGCAAACGCAUCGAGACGUCGUCCGUCAGUUCUCGCGGCAUUAUGACCCGGGGCAUAAGAGUGCAACUCCUUCAGCUGCCCAAGUCAUGAACGCUCUUCGCGCCGAGUCGGAAUUUGAUGCAAGG